AUGCUAGAUGCGGAUGGUUUUGAGAUAUAAAAGGGAGGUCGGCUUCAGGCGCGAGGUUUAGUCUUUUUCGAGGUCUGCGAUAGAAUGAAGACCAUCGGCGUUUUACUUGUAGUGUUGAUCACCCUGCUGGCCAUGGCCCUAGGAGCUCCCGCCCCAUCGCCCGGCAAUGAUCCGUCCGUGUCCUUCCUGCGCUACUCGAACAACCAGGACUUGGAGAGCAUUCAGAGGGCCAUCAUCGCCCAGUACGAACAGGUCGGAGGCACCACGCAAGUGCAUGCGCCGCAGCUGGCCAGUAUCGUUAACCCACAGAGCCUCAGAAUCAACAUUUAGUGCUCUCCGAAAAUAAAUCGUUAAUUUUUGUGAA